ACAAAUUCCAAAACACGACUGGAAAUGGUUCUCAUGGGGAUGCGCAUUACCAGUCUUCCUGUCUUUGCAAAUCUGCAUUACAACUCUGGCGUGGGGACGUUUUUCCUCAGGAUAGUCCGCGAAACGCCCCCACGCCUAGCGCCCGACCCCGUGAUUGCCGCUCGGAUUGCGCGGGCACGCCGCCUAUCAAAUGUAAAAAUGUCUGGGUCUGGAAGAAUGCAACUUGUAAUGCUAAGUCUGAAGCAUGCAAAAAUCUGUGUUGCAUGAUUACCAAAAGUCGUCCAGUUUUGGCCAAGUCGGGAGGGAGUUUGUCAUGCAGGAUAGGCAUGAGAGAGAUCGCACAGAAUCUGUCAUGCUAGAUCCUGCAUUCCAGGCUUCGUGGGUCAUGGAAAAGCUGCAUGACAAGUCGCGCAUUCUCGCAGACCCAGACAUUUUUACAUUUGAUACCGCCGGGGACUGAACAACGUCUCGGUUCAAGACCUCGGCGACGACUAUGAGAGUUUUAGUACUAACAAGAAGCAAACUUCAAGCAACCGGCGGGCGUCUACGCAACGCCAGUGCGGUGCGCGGCCGGGCAGGAAGAAACCGGGCGGGGGGAUGACGAACAAAAACAAUCAGCGUCGCCGUGAUGGCGAAGAUGAGUACUAUGACAACCCGGACCGAGGACCCGGCGGUUUCAUCAAGGUCCAGGACUGGUCCGAGGGCAUGCACCUCGGGUCGCGCCAGGGCCGGUUUCAAUUCCUGUCCAACCGCAUCUUCCAGCGGCUAGAUGUGUUGGACUCGGAUCUGCCAUGAAGGAAGCAGUGAAGGGAGCUACGAUAGUGCUUCUAGCUUUACCGAAUAAAAAACGUUGCAAAAAUUAUUUCAUUUCUGAUGUGAUGUUUGCAGACAAAAAACUUCUGAUGGAGUUGAACUUCUAAAUUGUUUUUCGAGAUUCUGGUUGUGCUUCGGAAAA